UUCAUCUGCCGAGCCCUGCCGCACUCCUCAGACGAGACCAGGCGUCCGGCCAGUGUGUGUCCGGUAGCACGUGUGUGGUCAGGUCAGGUCUUCACGCCAACCGUGUAUUUUACUUUAUGACUGUAUCACCCCGGUGAGAUGUUCGUGUUCAGGACAGUGGUCGCAGCUCAUCUACUCUACCUCUGCCAGGCAUCAUGUUACUUCUCGGCGGAGCUACAAGGGGAGUAUGUGAUGCAAACUGUGACGGCAGGCGCCCACGUCCAGUACUCGCAGGUCAACAUCACAGCUGAAGCCAUUCCCAUGUGGGGUCAAUGUCACCAACGCCAGGGCGACAACGUUAUCCUUUUUGACAGCUUCAAUGGAACUGCCUGCAUGCGCUGUUUCCACCUAAAGUUGCACUCUGCGAACGUGCUUCAGGUGCACACUUGUCCUACGUGCUUGGACCAGUGCUACUUGACAGAAGAGGCUGCCCGUCACACAUGUCCUACAGGCGAUUACUUCCAGCGGAACUACUUCAAGGAAAUCACACUGUUCCGAACCAAGGAACUGGGAGGAGGAAAUAUCAGGAAAAUAUUCUGCCCGAUAACAGGGCAAUAUACGUUCAUGUACGACCUGUACAACCAGACAGACAACCGCGUGGAGUGCAGCCCUGCGCUCUCCCACCUGGAGAACUGCGCGGACCGAGCUGGCGGCCCUCAGCUGGACGUCCAUUUCCAGGGAUGUUCACAUCAGUACAACGACGUAACAUUCGACUGCCUGGGAGAUUGGGCAGGAACUGAUGGACAGCGUUUCCUUGCGCUAUAUGACACAAGUGUCUUGGCUGGUACAGAUUAUCGGCCACAGUAUCGCUGUGCACUAUACAAGCAGGAUGAGCAGAAUGGAAAUGUGAUCAUAGCUUUCUCAAGUGACUCGACUUGCACCACCGACCUCUACAAUGCCAGCUACGGACAUAUGACCUGGAAUUUAACUGUGGUCCCAAGUUCACCGUGGCCAGCCCAAGUGACCAACAGCAAGUGCAGCUUUCCUUAUUGGAGCCAGGGAAAAUGGGAACGCUUCAACAUCAAUCACAAUACUCUAACCUAUAAAGAUCACACCAGUUUCAACACAUACACCAUGCGUUGUGUCGAAGCUGUUGAUGAAGGCAAGCUCAUUGUGUUCUCCAGAAAUGGAUGUGGAGAAGAAACCUACAAGUGCAUUCAACUCAAACAAAGAAGUCGAAAUGUUGUUGAGUUCCAGUUCGGUUUAACUACAAGCUCAUUUGUGAAUCAUUCACUAUGCAGUGAUUCAAACUUCUUGGGCAACGUUUGGAUUACACAAGCAAGACUGGAAGGUCUGCAAGUAUCUCCAUGUCCAGUGACGGGGGAGUACAGUGGGGUAAUUCCUGACCCGAACAAUGUAGGCCUCUGUGCUCGGUUGGCCUCUGAUCAGACACAUCAGGAGAUCAUGUACUUCACCGUCUUCGACUGUGAUCAGCAAGAAGUGUAUGAAGAACGUGAAUACCAAUGUCUUGGACAAUGGGAAGAAGACGGUGUGACGUAUACCUACACCCAGAGAAAAGAUUUUGGCACGUACGAGUGUUUUGUUGGAUCAAUAGUCUCCAACAACGAUAUCUACAUUAAGGAGGCUGGGGAACAUUGUGGACGUGGUAUUAAUCCAAAACAUAUGGGGAUGAAGCUGCAAACCAAAGGUAAACAGGAGUUGAACAUAAGACCUCCAGAGACAACACAGCCAGUCACUUCCUGGUAUGUGACCAGCAGGCCAUCCUCCCCCACCAGGCCUUGGAAGCCAAUCACAGGGGCCCCACCAAGACACAGUGCUUCCUCCAAGACAUCAAACUCGGUUGGAGUGUUGUUCCUGGUCACCGUUACAGCCAUCUUGCUUGGAUGCUGAGCCUUCCUGUAUCUAUAAUACCAUGUUCCUCACGCAUACACUCCAUCACAUCUAUAUUUGUGUCAUGUUUACCUUAAGGCUGUUGUGAUCAAAUUUUGGUUGUUUUGUAUUCUGAAAUAAUGGACUUUUAAACUCUUACGAUGGUACAUCUUGUAUCAUAAUUUCACACAACUGUGAUGUAGGGAGUGAAUAACAUGACUGUACUAUGUAGGUUUAUUUACCAUUUUAUGAUUAAGAGUUAAGAUUUUUUAUAAUUUUAUUCUAUGAUUAGUACUUAACUUUACUCAUAAUGAUCCUUCUACUCCUUGUCGGUUUUGUGGUUUUUCAUGAAAUCAAAGACAUAUACUUGAAGCUGCAACUGGUUUCCUUUCACUGCAGUAAAUAAAAUAAUUUGUACUCACUACAGUACUGAAAAGAUGGGCUUUUACGUUAGUUCCGUUGAACACAUUUUCGACUGCUGGCAUCUUCGGGCCACAGAGUGUUGGGCUCUGCCAUCCUUUGUUGGGCAUACUCCAGCCCAAGUGUCGUUCCAUUUUCUCUUUAGUAUUACUUAUUUUCUUAAUGUAAUGACAUUUCUCCAUAACCCCCUGCUAACAAUUAAUGUAUAAAUAAUGAUACUCUGUUUUUUAUCCUUGAAAUAGGUAAUUCUGGAUCUUCUAUUUACAUUGACUAAAUUGUUUGCUGUAGAUUGAUAUCAGUAAAGUAAAUAUCUGUGUACGUGUUUUUGUGUAUGUUUGUGUUCAUAAGCGUGCAUAAUUAUGAUAUGACAAUCAUCAGAUUACAACUCGUCUAUAUUUUCCACGGAAGCAAUCCUAAACCUAAACACGUGUUUUUCUGUCAUAGAAUCAUUUCUAGGUCACUUUAUUUUUAUUUUCUUGUUGGAACUUUUUGUAAAUUAAUUAAUCUUAUUCCAAAGAAAUUUAAAACAUUAACGUUAAUGAAUUUUGAGUUGGUUAAAUUAAUUAAGAUUAAUUCCAUUCAUAAUAAAAUAACUAAUCUUAUACUUAACAAUUUUGCAUUGGUUAAAGAAUUUUAUUUUUCUUAGGGAAUUUUAAUUUAGUUUAUUAAUACUGGACAAAUAUAAGUAAUUUGAAAAUAAAUUGUGAAUCAGUUCAAAAUUGAAUGCUCUUAUCAUGUAAAGGGAACGGAAUACACUUUUUAAGGUUGGUUUGUUGAUUUGUCUUUUGUUUUUUCUUCAGUAUUCAGAGGGAUAAUGUAUUCAAUCUGUUUGCUGUUAAUUUGUUUUUACUCCUAUCAAUGUAUUUGACUGUUUAUAUUCUUAGAUUCUCCAAUCUAAGAUUCAAUUUAAGGAUUUAAUAAGUUCAAUAUUGUCAAUAUGUGGAAUCAGUAAUUAUUUUCUAAAGACAUUGUGUAAAUAAUCUGAGGUAAAUAACAUUCCUUCAGUGCCGUAGUGAGUAUAAUGAAACAUCUGUGUACUUCACAAAGCAUAUAAUUACAUAUUAUGCGCCAUUAUUCCCACAGCAACUCGUAAGUAAAUUAAUUGUUUUGUGUAAAAGGUCAUUCUAACAAAGUUUUUGUAAUGUGUACCAUUUUUUGCAUUUUAUUUUUCUCAUAUCAAACUGUUAAACACUGUGAUGAAUAAAAAUACAGGUAUGCAAUUCAAUAUUUAAUUUUUUAGCUACCAAAGUAAAUAAAUAUAUGUAACGUGGCAGUAAAAAAUAAAAUAAAUAAAUAACAACUUGCAGCUAUGAAAAUGAGCCUACACGGGCUAGCAGCCUGUGCAUGGGCUCAAACUGAGCUUUAGAGUAUGGGAUAUACAAUGUUGUGUGUAUGUACUUAGUAAUCUUUCAACAAGUAAUGUAAUUUUACAAUUGGUGAUAAAACUAUAAUUUAUGUAGAUUUUAAGUAUAAAAACAAAACAAAAAAGUAAAAAAAAGGUCCAGCAUUCAUUAACAUAAUGAGUUUAGUAUAUUUUAAACGAAUAAUGUAGAUUUAAAUUAUUUUCUGCAACAAUGUAUGUUAAGGACAAAAGCUAGAUGGAUUUCAAGGGACUCAAGUUCAGUGGGUUGCUGAAGAGUAAUGGGGAUGUGAGGAUGGAUACAUUUGGUUGCCCAUGUCCACUGACGAUAUUAGACUCGGCUCCAAGCCAAGCUGUGUUAACAGUUCAUCAAGACUAUUGUGAAGUGGAUAUGACAUAAGUAAAUUCUUCUGUAUUUUAACAAUUUAAAAUGAGUUUGUAGUAGAAAUUGAUUGGUUUUUUUAUCUGAACAUUGAUAUAUAUAUAUAUAUAUAUAUAUAUAUAUAUAUAUAUAAACUAACUAAAACUGUUGGUGUUUUCUGCAAACGAAAAGUUGAUGGAUAGACAGAAUAGCUCAAUCGUGAAAGAAAGCUGCGCUCGGAAGUGAUCAGAUUUGUUACGUUUUUUCAAAUCAUUUUUGCACUACUUUGAGGUUGGGCCACAUAUUUAAAGGCUCCACAAACAAUAAUACUGAACGACAAUAAUGGCUGGAAAGAGGCAAAAUAAACCAUUUUAAUCUCUUUCUUAUGUAAUACUUUUAACAACUGCCUAAAUGCGCAAGAAUAUGUUCUAAUUUGUUUAUUCAAUGUGAUCAGUCUAUUUUCUUCGGUUGUCAAAGAUUACACCAAAGUAUUAACAAAAAAUUCUACCUAUGUUCUUAAAAAGAAAACUUUCAUUAAAUAUCACUACACUUAUAUGUUUUUUAAGACAUGCAACUUAUAAUUACGGCUCUUUCUCAAAAAUAUUAGCAUAAAUUUACUGUCAGUAUUCUUUAAAGACAAAAUACUGUUGUUGAGCUACUUUUUCUAAGUAUAAAGUCAUUGAUGGCCAGAUUGUGCAUGCAUUAGACAAAAAUCCAGAACCUGUGAUUAAAUAAAUGAUCAAGAGAAUUGAUCAGUGUCAGCCUCCUUAUUGAAGGAUCACAGACUGGGACAGUGACAUUCAAAUCAGUGACACAGUCAGGAUUUGGAUCUCUGUAACCAUCUUAUAUUUUAACAUCAUUUUUUAAAAUAUUUUAUAUAAAGGGUGUUUGGAAAAUGUGAACUUAAACUUCAAGGAAUAGUCAAAUGGAUUUUAUUCAACAACAAAUUUCUUCCACCAUUAAGUGUUCUUCUUGUCAACUUCUUAGAAAUGUGCAUGUCCUUCUCUGUGUGAUGAAUGAAUAUCAUGGACUAACACAGUCACAUUCCCUAGUGUUAUAUGAAUACUGGUCCUUUCUGAUAAUAACUCUGAAUUGAGUUUCAUACAUAGUUUGUAAAGUGAAAAGUUAUGAAAUGUACAAUUUUAUGCAAUACUAUUGUUAUUUAAUAAAAUCGUACCAAUUUA